AUGGCCAGUGAAGAGAGUCGAAAUCUCAAUUAUCUUCUGCGUAGUGUAAACGAUAUGCGAACAAAGACACCUGACCUUACGAAACGCUUUCGAAAGAAACGAUCAAACAAAGUCGACGAGUAUUACACUGCCAUGCAUAAUAUAAGUAAUGCUCAAAGUUCUGGGUCGAACAAGUCAAUUAAUGAACCGUACGUUACAAUCCAGAAAACUGAUUUGAAUGCGAGUCAUGGCAAUUUCACAAAAGUGAAUACCUACAUGAAGUCGGAAGAGACUGGUAAUCCAGGUAUUACAGCUCCGAGUGAUCAACACCAUGCGGAGCGUAACUCAGCUGAUUCUCGACCUGGAGUUCGUGUUCGGCGAGUGAGCAAAAUGUUAAGCGUAGACGAAAAUAUCAACAAUGAGAACAUUGACGCAGCGAAAACCGACCAGCAGAGAGUGAGAUCGGUUUCGAUGUCAUCUCUGAAUAUUAACCCAGUCAAUGUGACACGAUUACGACGAAAGAGUUCCACCGGAAUUGUUAAUACAAAGUCAUUCCAGAACCAUUCUAACUUGAAAAAUCAUGCUGUUUCUGAAAAUUUGAGGAUUAGCGCAGAUAAUUUAAUAAAUGCUAACUCGGCAAGUAUGUGCCCAUUACCAAGAACGCGCGCAAACAGUGUCAAGAUUGUUAAGAUGAAGAAAUCAUUAGGUAAAGUGCAGCCAGUCAAUAAUGAUCCAAGUCUGAAUUUGUUACCGACGGACAAUCCAAUUCGUUCGUCCAACGGAGUAACUAUAACCAAAGUUUCACGGGUCAAAACUACUGCGACAACAGACACAUAA